UGUUCCGUCUGCUUUAGCCAGCAAACCCUGAAACGCGAAUUACAGGACAGAGGGCUGUCGAUACCGUGACUCGACAGUAUAGCUUCAAGACUUUCGCACAGCAUCGGUCUGUAGGCGGUGGUCGUUGUGGUUUUGAACUUCAGUUUUUAGACUCGCUAGAAAUACAGUCCUCGUUGUUAUCGACGAAGUUUGAUAAACACGAGGAGCGGUUUGCUGACACUGAGAGUGGACAGAGAAGGAUUAUUGAUGUCCAGCUCGCCGCUGUCCAAGAAGCGUCGCUUGUCAGGAUCAGAGACGAAGACGGGAUCCCACUGCUCCUCCUCUAACUCUGUCAGAACUGAACCUUCCUACACACCCUCUAACGGCAUGGCUAAGAAUGGCAGUGAUGCUGAGAUCGAUGAAGGCCUGUACUCCCGACAGCUGUACGUGUUGGGCCAUGAGGCCAUGAAGCGCAUGCAGACCUCCAAUGUCCUGAUCUCAGGAAUGCGUGGCCUUGGUGUCGAGAUCGCCAAGAAUGUUAUCCUGGCCGGAGUCAAGAGCGUCACCCUGCACGACCAGGGGGUGGCUGAGUGGCGCGACCUCUCCUCUCAGUUCUACCUGCGUGAAGAGGACCUGGGGAAGAACCGUGCCGACGUCAGCCAGCUCAGGCUGGCCGAGCUUAACAGCUACGUGCCUGUGGCCUCUUACACCGGAACCCUCACCAACGACUAUCUCACCCAGUUCCAGGUGGUUGUGCUGACCAACUCCAGUCUGGAGGAGCAGAUGCGCGUCGGGGACUUCUGCCACAGCAAGGGUGUCAAGCUGAUAAUAGCAGACACGCGUGGCCUGUUCGGGCAGCUGUUCUGUGAUUUUGGGGAUGAGAUGAUGGUUUUUGACCCCAAUGGUGAAGAGCCUCUCAGCGCCAUGAUCUCUAUGAUCACCAAGGACUCCGCUGGUGUGGUGACUUGUCUCGAUGAGGCUCGUCACGGAUUUGAAAGUGGCGAUCACGUUACCUUCACAGAAGUCCAGGGCAUGACUGAACUCAACGGCUGCCAGCCAAUAGAAAUCAAAGCCCUUGGGCCCUACACUUUCAGCAUCUGUGACACAACCUCCUUCAGUGACUACGUACGGGGUGGCAUUGUCUCCCAGGUCAAGAUGCCCAAGAAGAUUUCCUUUAAAUCGCUGUCGUCCUCCAUGGCCGAGCCAGAGUUCAUGCUGACAGACUUUGCCAAGUUUGACCGUCCAGGGCAGCUGCAUGUGGGCUUCCAAGCUCUGCACGCCUACGAGAAGAAACACAGCCGGCUACCCAAGCCCUGGAACCAGGCGGACGCAGACGAGCUGGUGGCUCUGGCUGGAGAGGUGAACGCCGCUCAGACCGGCUCUGCCAAGCAGGAUCAGCUUGACGAGGCGCUCCUGAAGAAGCUGGCCUCGGUGUCCGCUGGAGACCUGGCGCCCAUCAACGCCUUCAUCGGUGGACUGGCUGCCCAGGAAGUCAUGAAGGCCUGUACUGGGAAGUUCAUGCCCGUCAUGCAGUGGUUGUACUAUGAUGCUCUGGAGUGCCUGCCUGAGGCCGAGGGAGUCACUCCCACUGAGGAGGAGUGUGCACCUAGGAAUUGUCGGUAUGAUGGACAGGUUGCUGUAUUUGGAACCAAAAUUCAGGAGUUGCUCUCCAAGCAGCGCUACUUUCUGGUUGGAGCUGGAGCCAUUGGCUGUGAGCUGCUAAAGAACUUUGCCAUGAUGGGCCUGGCUAGUGGGGAGGGUGAGAUCAUCGUCACAGACAUGGACACCAUCGAGAAGUCCAACCUAAACCGCCAGUUCCUCUUCAGACCCUGGGAUGUCACGAAAAUGAAGAGUGAGACAGCCGCAGCUGCCGUGAAGCAGAUGAACCCGUCUGUACGCAUCACUGGCCACCAGAACCGGGUCGGACCUGACACAGAGAGGGUCUACGACGACGACUUCUUUGAGAGCCUCGACGGUGUGGCCAACGCUUUGGACAACGUCGAUGCCCGUAUGUACAUGGACCGCAGGUGUGUGUACUACCGUAAGCCCCUGCUCGAGUCGGGCACUCUGGGCACCAAAGGGAACGUACAGGUGGUCAUCCCCUUCAUCACAGAAUCCUACAGCUCCAGCCAGGACCCGCCAGAGAAGUCCAUCCCCAUCUGCACACUCAAGAACUUUCCCAACGCCAUCGAACACACACUGCAGUGGGCACGUGAUGAGUUUGAGGGACUCUUCAAACAGCCGGCAGAGAACGCCAUGCAGUACCUGACAGACCCCAAGUUCAUGGAGCGCACUCUGAAGCUGCCCGGUGCCCAACCCCUGGAGGUCCUGGAGGCCGUCUACAAGAGCCUGGUGACAGACUGCCCUCGCAACUGGGAGGACUGCAUCACCUGGGCACGCAACCACUGGCAGUGCCAGUACAACAACAACAUCCGCCAGCUGUUGCACAACUUCCCACCUGACCAGCUCACCAGCUCAGGUGCUCCAUUCUGGUCUGGUCCAAAGAGGUGUCCUCACCCACUAGAGUUCGACACCAACAACGAGCUGCACAUGGACUACGUCAUGGCUGGAGCCAACCUGCUUGCCCAGUCCUACGGCAUGCCCGUCUCCAGAGACCGCGCCAACGUUGCCCGGUUGCUGCAGGAUAUCAAAGUGCCCACGUUCACGCCCAAGUCUGGGGUCAAAAUCCACGUCUCCGACCAGGAGCUCCAGAACUCCAACGCCUCAGUGGGGUUUUCCUCAGAUGAUUCCAGGUUAGAGGAGCUGAAGACCCUGCUGCCUGCCGCUGAGUCUGCGUCCCAGUUUAAGCUCUGUCCCAUCGAGUUUGAGAAGGAUGAUGACUCCAACUUCCACAUGGACUUCAUCGUAGCAGCGUCCAACCUAAGGGCAGAGAACUAUGACAUUCCUCCUGCAGACAGACACAAGAGCAAGCUCAUUGCUGGAAAGAUCAUUCCAGCCAUCGCCACGACGACAGCAGCCGUGGUGGGCCUGGUGUGUCUGGAGCUGCUGAAGGUGGUACAGAAGCACAAGAAGCUGGAGACCUUCAAGAACGGCUUCAUGAACCUCGCCCUGCCCUUCUUCGCCUUCUCAGAGCCCAUCGCAGCACCCAAACACAAGUAUUAUGAGAUUGACUGGACGCUGUGGGACCGCUUUGAGGUCAAAGGUCUGCAACCCAGUGGGGAGGAGAUGACCCUCAGAGAGUUCCUCGCCUACUUUAAGGAUGAACACAAGCUCGAGAUCACCAUGCUGUCCCAGGGGGUCUCCAUGCUCUACUCAUUCUUCAUGCCUGCUGCCAAGCUCAAAGAGAGGCUGGACCUUCCCAUGACUGAGAUUGUGACCAAGGUGUCCAAGAAGAAGUUGGGCAAGCAUGUGAAGGCACUGGUGUUCGAGCUCUGUUGCAAUGACGAGACGGACGAGGACGUGGAGGUGCCCUACGUCAGAUACACCAUUCGCUAAGCAGCCCUGAUGGAGACGGGACAGGGGGGGUGUCAAGACAAAGAGAACCAAUCAGCAUGGAUAUAGCUGGGAGAGCUCAAACAACAAUUUUGGGGGAUGGAGGGAUGGGAGGGGGUGCCAUCAAAGUUUGAGGGUUAGUCUCCCUUUUUUUUUUCUUCGCUGAGGAAAAAAUAAAUAUCGGUUAUUGUUCUAAUAACAAGGGUUUCCCCCUCCCCCACAACCCCCCCUUAGAGCACCAAUCUCCACCCCCUGUUACUCAUUAAAUUGGGGGGCACAGAGGUUUUUAUAAAUGCAUCAACUGGUUGGCUGGUAAGGAAGUCACAGGGUUUGAAUGAGUUCAGGGUUUUGUGGGAUCGGGGGAGGGCAGCAUGUAAUUUUUUUGAAUCUUUGACAGUAGCUGUUGUUUAAACUCUGGUCAUAUUAACGCAAUGCUUUAUAUGUACGACUCUCCCAGUUGACUCGUUGGCACUCCUGUUCUGCACAGUUUCCCUCUGAAAGGCUCCUGUCUUGUUAAAAAAAAAAAAUAAACGAAAGAAAGAAAAUGUACAAAAUGAAAGCGGUUUGUGUAUUCCUCCACGCCUCUAUCUAAGCGCUCCCCCACCAUCUCCAGAUGAAUUUUUUUCAGGCUCCCUCUUCCCUUGCAUUCUAAACAGAGCCCCCGAGUGCUUAAUAACGUGCAGUUAGCCAUCGACUGAUGCCAAAAAAGAAAAUGAUGCACUGGAAAAGAAGAAAAAUGCAAAAUUGAAAUGUAUGAGAAUUUCUUUAAAGAAAAAAAUAUUUUUUUUUUGCCCAUGUCACUGCCUUUAUUUGUCUUAUCUGGACCAGAUUGGGAAUCUUUAAAGUACUCUCCCCAAACCCACCCCAUCCCAACAA